AUGGUUAGUAGCGAUGGUCUCGACGUGGAGAAGCACGCCGGCGUGACCAACACUCUCUACGAAGACAACACUGGAGCUGUCGCGGGCGAGAGCUUCGAGUAUGGCGAUUCUGUCUAUGCCAAGCUGCAGCGUUUCGCUGGAAAGCUGCAUGUCGAGCAGCGAGGUAUCGAGCGCGUGCCCGACGAUGAGCGGACCGACACUUCGUAUUUGAACGUUGGCAGUAUGUGGUUCUCUGCCAACAUGGUCGUCGCCUCCUUCGCAAUUGGUGUCCUCGGACAAUCGCUCUUCUUUGUCGGUUUCGUCGACGGUAUCUUGACGGUCCUGUUCUUCAACUUCCUGGGUGCCUCGACCGUCUGUUUUUUCUCCAUCUUCGGUGCCCAAUUUGGUCUUCGUCAAAUGGUCGUUUCUCGCUUCUGGUUCGGCUGGUGGGGGGUGAAACUGAUUGCAAUUUUCAAUAUCCUAGCUUGUAUUGGCUGGUCGUCUGCCAACAUGAUCGUCGGUGCCCAAUUGCUUAGCGCAGUCAAUACCGAUGUCCCCGGAUAUGCCGGUAUUAUCAUCAUUUCGCUCUGCACCAUGGCGGUUACAUUCUUUGGUUACAAGGUUGUGCAUACGUAUGAGCUUUGGAGCGGCAUUCCGACUUUCAUCGUCUUCUUGAUCGUGUUGGGCGUGUUUGCUCACUCUGGCGCCUUUAUGAACGUCCCCAUGGGUGUCGGUACCUCCGAACUGGGUGGUAUUCUUUCUUUUGGAUCAACGGUAUAUGGCUUUGCCACUGGUUGGACCAGCUACGCUGCCGACUAUACCGUUUACCAACCUUCGAACCGCAGCCGGACCAAGAUUUUCUUCUCUACUAUGCUUGGUCUGAUCUUUCCUCUGCUCUUCUGUGAGAUGCUUGGUGUUGCCAUAAUGACUGCUACCACGAUCAACGGCGGUGUCAACAAGUACGCGGAUGGCUAUGCAGCCUCUGGAAACGGUGGUCUCUUGGGGGCUGUCCUCUUUGACCCUCUCGGUGGGUUUGGAAAGUUCUGCGUCGUCAUCUUGGCAUUGUCGAUCAUUGCGAACAACUGUCCCAAUAUCUACUCGGUUUCGCUUACUCUCUUGGUCCUGGCGCGUUGGACUCGCAAAGUGCCCCGUUUCGUCUACACUAUCAUCGCCACCGGUGUCUCAAUUGCCAUCGCCAUCCCUGGUUACAGCCACUUUGAGACGGUACUGGAGAAUUUCAUGAACUUUAUUGGGUACUGGCUGGCCAUCUACGAAGGAAUCGCGCUCACCGACCACUUUGUGUUCAAGCGAGGUUUCAGUGGUUACAAGGCCGAAAACUAUGACCGGCGGGACCUCUUGCCCCCCGGAAUUGCUGCUAUUUUCGCAUUCUGCUGUGGCAUUGCCGGCAUGAUUACGGGAAUGAGCCAGACAUGGUUCGUUGGGCCAAUCGCCCUUCACGCCGGCGAGGCUCCCUUUGGCGGCGAUGUUGGCUUCGAAUUAGCCUUUGCCUUUGCCGCCACGAGCUAUCUCAUUACUCGCCCGAUUGAGAUGAAGAUUUUUGACGAUUGCAUUCACCAGCCGCAAAAUCUAAUGAAUAUAUCUAGCCGCGCCGACUGGGCCGACGACGAGGAGUUUGACGACCCCUCCGCGCUCCCCGCACAGCAAGUGACGACCAACAAGGACGGCACCAAGACGAUUGUCUCCUACCGAUUCAACGACGAUGGCAAAAAAGUCAAAGUGACGCGACGGAUCCGCACGACAGUGGUCAAGGAGCACGUCAACCCGGCCGUGGCCGACCGACGAUCAUGGGCGAAAUUCGGACUCGAAAAGGGCCAUGUCCCAGGGCCUUCGUUUGACACGACCUCUGUGGGAGAGAACAUCAUCUUCCGACCGAGCGUGAACUGGAAGACACAUGCCAAGGAGGCCGAGAAGGAAGGCGAAAAGGGUGGUAUUAAGGAUCAGCUCAAGGAUAAGAAAGUCAAGUGCCGUAUCUGUCAGGGAGAGCAUUUCACAGCCCGUUGUCCGUUCAAGGAUACCAUGGCCCCCGUCGACGAGCCGACAGGUGCCGGUGCGGGCUUGGAUGAUGAAGAGCCUUCGGCUGGCGGUCUGGCGAAUAUUGGUGGUAGUUACGUUCCUCCUCAUCUGCGCAAGGGCACUGCUGCUGCCGCGGUGGCUGCUUCUGGUGGUAGCGGUAGCAAGUACGAGCGGGAUGAUUUGGCCACGCUUAGGGUUACGAAUGUUUCCGAGCUGGCUGAGGAGCAGGAACUCCGAGACCUCUUUGAACGGUUUGGCCGCGUUACUCGAGUCUUCCUUGCCCGCGAUAGGGAGACACAGAGAGCCAAGGGAUUUGCAUUUAUCAGCUUUGCCGACCGCAGCGAUGCUGCUAGUGCGUGCGAGAAAGUGGACGGAUGUAAGUUUCCUUUUUUUUUUCUUUUUUUCCCGAUCGAAACAGAAAGAGAGUAUGCUAAUUUCACUGCAGUUGGUUACCGCCAUCUUAUCCUUCGCGUCGAGUUUGCCAAGCGAGCUACUUAG